AAAAUACCUAUGCGAAGAACAGCAGUAAUGGCGUCUAAUGUGUAUACGUGUGUAGAGAGCAUAUUUUAUACUUGUCCGCAAUGCAAUUAGCAUGCUAAAACGCUAAGAAUCUGUGUAUCAAAUUCUGUUUGAUAUUUAAACCAUGUUACUCGGUAAAGAGGCUAUAUUGCCUUGUAUUCAAUUGCUUGAUUUCGCCUGAUAGCAGACGAAAAGUUCAGAGAAUUUCUCUGUUUUGAAACACUUUGUCUGCUGAAGAGGAAAUUAUCUUUUUAACGGUCCGACUCUAACCUAUAAAUGUCAAUGGAGCAAACCUCGUCAGAUAACACGGUUUCUAGCCAAAAGUCGUUGCCGUCUUCUCACGACUCCGGAUGGAAUGAUCCACCAAAAUGGGCAUUGUCGUCACAGUACAAUUCCCCUGGGACUUCCACCAAAAGAAUCUUAAACAAACGCGUGGCGUUUCCACUGUCUUCCCAGACUGUCGCUUCUGAAAAAUCCAGUCAGUCUCCUUCAUCGCACAUGAUGCUGCCCACCUUGGAAACUUCUGCAACUCCAACAAUAACUACAGCUCCCCACAAACCUCUCAUGGCUCCUGAUGAUAAAGUCUCAACGACUAAGGUAUCAGAGUCAGAUUUUGACAAAAAUCAAGCCUUGACAGAAGUUCUGGUGAAUUUGGAAUCAAUGAUGACAGAACGAAAGUUAGAUAAGAAUAAAGUCGAAGAGAUACAGAGAAGAUUAGACAUUAUGAAAUCUGAUUGGAUUGAAAACAAGUUGAACAGCUUGGUGCAGAAAAGCAUUUUAGAUCUAUCAAAAGCAUUGCUGCAGAAAGAUGUCGAGCAAGCUGACAAGAUUCACAUCGCUCUCAUGAUGCAGCAUGCGACAGUUUGCCGCGCUUGGAUGCCAGCCGUCAGACAUCUCAUUUUUGAAUUAAAAAACAAUUGUGAAAGUUCCGACGUUCUGAAACAAUCGCAGCCGUCUCUGUUACCAAUUCAAUAAAAAAAACAGGAAAACUUAAAAAAGAAAAACAAACUAGGGUUUGCACUGAAUAAGCACAUAGUAUAAAAGGUGCAACGCAAAAACAAGGAUAUCCACUUAUUUAUUGCUUGUUGAUAUACAUGCGCGGUAGCACGCGAUAUUUUUUAUAAGUAAUAAAUAAAUGUGCAUAUGUCUGUAUGUGUGUAUGUAUGUGUGUGUGUGUGUGUGUAUGUGUGAAACGUAAGAUUGUACAACUAACAAUUUAUUACAAGGAUCUUUUUAUUACACAAAUAAAGAAUGAAGAGAAUAAAGAUUAGAGAGCUGUUGUACUCAUAAAAGUUUUUUGUAUUUUUUACGUUUUUUCUCUUAUGUAUAUUCACAAAGGACAAUUACAUCUGUCUUACCACAUAUCUUUGUCUAAAUGUAUGUGUUCUUAUAUUGAUAAUAGUCAUCAAGCUAAAAUCAUUUUAUUACUUAUGUGUAUCAUACUCACUACUGUAAACAUAUCUCAAUCUUAAGUGGACGCGUCUCUUUCUCUCGUUCUCCCUCUCUCUCUCUCUCUCUCUUUAUAUAUGCAUCCUGAACGAAAUUUAUUAUAUUAACUUCAAAACACACUCCCAUUGUUUUUCGCCCAAAAUGAGUUUUUUUUUUUUUUUUAUUCCAUUGCUUUCUCUGUUUCCUACCUUCGCCGUUUUUUAAUUGUGCCGCGGCUACUGCGUAGGACCUAUCGAUACACGCCAAUGCUUUACAAGUUAUGGCUCUUAGAAAACUUACAAUUACAAAUUACAUGACCAUAUUUCUUUAUAAUCGUCAAUAUAUUAAAUUUUCUUUCACACACACUCUUUCUCUCUCCGCGUAAAUAAAUAUUCAUAAAUACAUGGGAAAUGACGUGCGUGAAAGCUCUCUCGACUUUUAUAUCUUCGUUCGUUUUCUUUCACUCUAUCACAACACUCGCACGCACGCAUACACGCACUCUCUCUUUUUUUUUCUAAUUUUCGACAAAGGAAGAACGUCACGUCAAAUUUGCGAGAAAGCGCCGAGAGAUGACAAUCACGUUAUCACGUCCCCGCCCAAAUUUCGAUUUUUAAAAUUUUCUUUUCAUAGCUUUUUUUUCUAUCCAAAAAUAUAUGUACACAUAUACGGUCGGUGUAUACGUAACGCUACAUCUUUACAACGCACAUCGCAUCUACGGACGAAUUUCGAGAGAUCGCUCGCAAAACGUCGGUUUUAACAAAAAAUCCCGUUGACGCGCGCGUGAAAAAAAAAAAAUUGCCGUUUCUCAUCAAAAUGAUGCUAAAGAUUGUAUUGUGUAGACAAGAUAAAAGAAAAUUUUGAUCGAUUUAGGGAUUUGCUGUCAAACCGACUUUAGCGCGAGCGACUCUCAGAUCUUCGCGACAUUCGAAUAGACUCUCUUCUUCGCAUACCAUUUACACGCUUGUGAUCGAAAGACGAUGCACUUUUGUUUAUUUUCUCGUCACAAUUGACGUCAUUACACAACGACAAAAAAUUCGAUUUCGCGAAACAUAUACAUCGACUUAUUCUGUCUUCGUUUUGCUCUGUGUUUUGUUGUUUCUUUAUUACACAUACACAUACGAGCGCGCGCGCGCGUUUGCAUUUAUAUAUAUAAACUAUUUAAAAAAUUUGUUUCCGCACUUCUCUCUUUCGUCUGUUCUUCUUCACUCGCUCACUCAUCUUUUUUUUUCUGGAUUUUCUCACAGGUCUUUUUUUUUUGUACAAAACAAAAUGGCAUCUUUUUGGCAUUGGAAGAAAAAAUACAUUCCCUUUAUUUCUUUCUUAAUUCGCCGUCGCUCUCUAUCUUUUGCAAUUGUAACCGUCUUUGUUUUUUUUUCGCGCUGCUUAAUUAUAAUCCCUUCUAUUUUAUAAUCUCAGAUUACUUUAGAGUUUCUCUUCUUCCUCCCUUUAUACAGGUAUCUAUACGCAACAACGAUUUGCCAGCGGCGUUCAAGGAACUGCGCAACUCCCGGAGGUGUGAUUUUUUUUCUCUUUUGUCGGUUUUUUAAUGAACAAUCUUGUGCACAAACGCUCUAUCUAAGAUAAAUGCUCAAUUGCGCAAUUUUAAUUUGACAAAUUUGUGCCUGCAAACGUAUAAUCACCAUGCUGUGACCGAACCGCAUCAUUGCGUACCUGUACCUCAGACACGACAGACGUUUCUUAUCUCAUUCUCGUACAUCUCUCUCUCUCUCUCUCUCUCUCUCUCUCUCUCUCUCUCUUUCGCUCGCUCGCUCUUUCUCUCACAACUACAUUAAUUGUUAUUACAAACAGUUUCUUUUCUCCUAAUUUAUUUAAUACUAUUUUGGCAUCGUCGCGAGCUGCAAUUCCCACAAAAACGUGUUUUUUUUUGCUUUUUUUCUUUAGUAAAAAAAUUUCCCGUAAGAACCAACGCUCUUUUAGUGUAUACCUAUAUAGACAGAUGGAAGUGAACGUUACAGUAUAUAAUGGCAUUUUCACGGUGCUAUUACAAUAGCUAAGUGUACAAUAAAAUUCUUCCGGAAGUCGAUAUGGAAUUUUGAUUUUCUUCCGCGCCCGGGUGUGCACGGCGCGACACAAAAUGUGCGCCCACGGGUGUCGCAUUUGAGAACUUCGUUUUUUUUUUUUUUUUAUCGUUAUCUUCUAAACCCGUCAAUGGACGUGCGUGUGUACGUGUGUGUGUGUGUGAAUUCUGACUCACAAAAAAACUACAUAGUCGCGCGACGGAAGAGUUUUAUUUAGGAAUAUUCGUUCUCCUGCCGCGACAAAACAAAAUUGUCCCACAGCGGAAUAUGAAUAUUUGGCGCAAAGUUUUCGCGACACCCGUUAAUUCCAAAAGCGAACGGACAGUGAACUCUGUACUAAAAACGGGCGCAAGAGCGAGACAGAAGACGCUCUUCUUCCCGUCUUUUUUUUUUCUAUUGACGUAAUCUAUUCGCGUAUCGAAAAUAUUGCCGUACAAAAAUAAUCGAAUUUGUCUCUCGGUCACACUGAAACCGCGUGAGUCGACAAGUUUCAAAGAUGAGGAAGUUGGCGGAAAAGUGCCCACACAAUGUUAGCCGGUCGAACUUGUUUUUUGCUGACAAAAAAAAGACAGUGCAAAAGUAUCUUUUUUUUUUUUUUUUACAAUUGUGGUUGACGUCUAACGAGAAGCGUAGCAGCGUGAACAUUUGUUUCGGUGUAGUAUAGAGUUCACUUUUUUCAAAUUCACGUUUUUUUUUCGCGUGAGUGAUUAUUAUCUCGACUCUAAUCGAAACUCCAUACAGAUACCGCAAUUUUGUUUGUUUGUUUUUUUUUCUUUUUUUGUAUUGUCGAUUCUGCGGAAUACGAAGAGAAGGAGCUUUUACUGUAUAUAUCAUACAUGUUACAUGUUAAAAAAGUUAUCGGGCCAAUAAUAAUCUACGUUGUACUCUCUCAUUGCCAUCUGAAUGCUGCCUUAUUUAGAAAACGGAUCUCGGUGGAUUAAUAAUACGCACGCGCGUAUUAUUUGUACGUGCGUGUACGUACGUUUAAAAAAAAAAAAAACACACACGUGUAUACAGGUUUGUAUGCGUGCGAAGCGAAAGAAACAAGUGUUUGAGAAACAGUAUCCCAUAUUGUAUCGUACUUGUACUCAUUUCCAUUUCACGUGAAGAAGAAGUAAUGGCGAACCGAGCUCAGAAACAGAGAUAUUUUCCAAGAGAUUUAUAUAAAUUUGCUUUCUUUUUAUAGAGGAUUAGUACAAAUUCGAUGUGAAACUCAUUGUGACUUCCCGUGCGUCGUUCGUUACGUAAGAACGAGAAAAGGUUUUGCGUUAAAUAUAUUUUUUUCUUGCAAAAUAAAAUGAAACUCUCUCAACAGUGCGCAAAUGUUCCAAUUUUUACGCCUUUCCAAACUUUAUUGUACAAUACAUCAAUUAUAAGAAAUGAUGUAAUGGAGUUUCUUAAGUGAAAAGAGAUUUUCUUCUGAUCGAAAUUUACGAGAAAUUUUCGAACUACGCGAUCGGAAUAUCGUAAUGUAUUGAAAUUUUUGCGCGUUACGAAAAACAUUGUUACGAAAAACAAUGUUACAAAAAACAUCGCGUGCGCGGGAAGUCGCAAUAAUCUCGAUCGAAAGUCUAGCCGCCAGUGUGUGUGUGUGUGUGUGUGUGUGUGUGGUGUUUUUAUGUUUGUGUCUGUGUUUGUGUUAAAAAUAUAAUAAUAGCACAACACGGUAUCAAACUUAAUUAAUAAAUAAUACAUUAAAUUAGAUUAUAUAUUACUAGUUAUUAUUGGUUUUUAAUAUUACUAUUACUAUUAUUAUUAUAUCACUAUUUCUAUAAUAUGCCAGAUACUAAUGAAUGACAAUACAUUAAUCAUUAAUGACUGCUAUAAUAUUCUAGGCGAGGGUUGGUCGCGUCUCUUGCAUUUUCCUUUUUUUAUCUCAUUGAAUUUGAAUUCCUUUUCCUUUUUUUUUCAUCACUAUAUAUAUAUAUAAAUUUGCGAAAUGCAAAUGUAAAAGGAGAGGUAGAGUGGUAAACGCGAGCCAAAAUUAUAAAAGCGCUUAGAUAAUUCUCAUUAUGAGCUCUCUCUCUAAAAUACAAAUUUUUGCGCUUUGUUUACUUUUUUUUCUUAAACAAGACACAAAUAACGUUUCGUAGACGAAAAUAAAUAAACGGACCUUCUCAACUACCGAUUCCGCUUCUUGCCACUCGCAGUUCCUCGACCACUUUCUCUUAGUCGGCUUUCUACGACGGGGAUAAUAACGUAUCGCUAUUAUUGCUGAGCGCACGACGACGGAUUGAUUUGAAAGUGAAUUUCCGCGGACAUUAAUUUUAUACCGUCUUGCACGGUGAUCUUCGGCAUUAUAAGAUUAAAACUCCUCGCGCUCGGUUGGUCACAAAAGAAAGUAGUUUUCGAUUUACCUCCGUGCGGAAUACAUUUUUGUCACAAUAAAAGGAGGCUUUCUCCGCGUUCAAGUCUCUCCUGAAGAAGACCGAGAAACUUGAAGAGGAAAACUGCGAUUAUCCUCGUUACAUAGGAGCGCGGCAAAUCCUCCUAAUCCAUCACUCUCCUUGAAAAAAAACAAAAAGGUCAAGUUCCGAACGACAGCAUGAAAAAAAUACAGAAAGCUCAGAAGUAGCGGAAGGAGGCGUGAAGACCGCAGUGUCAAGACCUUUAACAGGAAUGUAGUUGUACGACGAAUUUGAUUUGAGGAGUGUGAUGGGAUGAAGGAGAACACAACACACCUCUCUGCGGCUUUCGUCUCUGACUUCGAGAAGACUUUCGGAAACUUCCGGGUUAGGGACGAAACCCCAAACAACGGACAUAUCAAAUGCCAAAGUUACACACACAUUUCUGAUCAACAGGUCUGUUGUAAUUUAAAGCGUUGCUUCUCCACACUGACCACAUGCAGCAGAGGAAGCCCAACCGUGGUAAGCAAUAAGAGUUGGUAUCAAUUUGAGAGAUCCUCCGGAAGGCUCUUCGCGAUGACAAUUCGUUCAGUGGAAAGCCAAUCGACCACGUACGAUCACCAGAGGCAUCGAUUAGCUCUGGAUCUCAAAAAAAUGUGAUUGGCAGAACCCUGAUGCCUGGCCAUAUCAAUAUUAGAGCGCCGCUCGUAAUAGGCUCAGACUAUAUAUAUAUAUAUAUAUUAUAUACAUAUAUAUAUAUAUAUAUAUAUA